AUGUCCAGUUCCGACAAACUGAAGCAGCUCCAUUCUCUGAGCCCUGCGCUGCGACUGGCUCCCCACGGCAGUCGCUUCCCAGGGUUUCAACGAACCGACCGUGCUAAACCUGCGCACCGUUUCAGGCGCCGACGCGUUAUGGCUGCUCCACCCUCAACACUCUACUCUGACUUUGACAUGGAGGCGGACAAGGACGUUGAUGCCCGCAUGGAGCUGGCUAAUGAUUUUGCCGACAUGGGGGAUGACUUGAAUGUCCAGGAGGAAGAAGCUGGCGCCGCUGAAGACCCAGUGGAUGCUAUCCUGGAUGACGCUAUCGCAGAAGACACCCCCGAAGCCGGCGAAGCGAACGAUUUUGAACGCUCUGUUACGAUCACCGAUGAGUUGACCGUCCUUCACAAGGGCCUCCGCGACCACUACUCCAUUCGCUUCCCCGAGCUGGAGACUCUCGUCACGACCCCCAUCAAGUACGCGAAGACCGUUGCGAUCCUCCUGAAUGGCCCCCUCAACGAUAUUAAGACUCUGGCCGCCACUUCUGAGAACAUGGUUGGCGCGCCGCUGAGCACUAUCCUCGAUGGACCAUCCCUGAUGGUGGUUGCGGUCGAAGCGACUACUACUCGAGGCCGCGACAUGUCCGACGCCGAACUGGAUCGCGUCACCCGCAUCUGCCAAAAGAUCUUGAAGCUCGAUCAAAAGCGCAUUGAGAUCACCCAGCGCAUUGAGUCGGGCAUGACCGAAAUCGCUCCCAACUUGGCUGUUCUCGUUGGCACUCAAACUGCCGCGCAGUUCUUGAACGCGACUGGAGGCAUGAAGCAGCUCUCGUUGAUCCCCGCCUGCAACCUGGCUGCCAUAGGAUCCGGUCGCCAGGAGGGAACAGGCUUUGCGACCAACCACGGCGUUCGAUCUAAGGGCUACCUCUACGACUCGCCCAUCUUCAAAGACGUCCCUGAGGAUCAUAUGAAGCAAGGCAUCCGUAUUGUAGCUGGAAAGAUGAAGCUCACUGUAAGCGUUGAUGCUGCUCGAACCAUGCGCGAUGGCUCCUAUGGACUGAAGAUGCGAGACGAGUGUCUCACUAAGUUCGACAAAAUGAAUGAAGCCGCCCCGAACGCGAGAACCAAGGCUUUGCCCGCCCCCGACGAGAAGCCAUCCCAGAAGCGUGGUGGUAAACGCGCCCGCAAGGCCAAGGAAGCCACUGCCAUGACCGAGAUGCGUAAGGCGCAGAACCGUAUGGCAUUCGGACAGCAGGAAGCGGAAGUCGGAUACGGGACUGGCUCUGGAACCGUUGGACUUGGCAUGCUUGGUCAAGAGAACCAGGGCAACAUCCGCGCCACCCAGGUCGACAAGCGCACUGCCGCCAAGCUGAGCAAGAACAAUCAAGGCUGGGGCACCACUCCCACCGGCAACAGUAACGCCUCCUUGGACAAUCUGACCCCCGGCGCCAGCGGAAUCGCCAGUGUGUUCCAAGCCCGUGGUCUGCGUCAGUCCGGCGUUGGAAACAUGACCGAUGCGGCCGGCACUGCCAGCACUAUUGCCUUCACCCCCGCGCAGGGUUUGGAGCUCGUCGACCCCAAGGCCCAGGCCGAAUUGAAACGCAAGCGGGAGGACGAGGAGAACCGCUGGUUCAACUCGGGCACCUUCACCCAGGCUCCCAACGAAGGCAACGACCAGAACAGCGGCUUCAAGGUCCCUGCCCUGCCAAACAAGCGGGUCAACCUUGGAGAUGGCUCGAAGGGCCAGUCCAAUUAA